AUGGCUGCUAGUAAUGGUGAUGUCGAUGCUGCGUUUGUGCCUGCUGCUACCUUGAUGCAAGGUGCAGCGGCACUUGGUCAGCCAGCACAACCUGCUUUGGUUGACCUGGAUGGGGGACCACCUAAUGGUGAGCCUGCAGUUGCUGUAGGACAGCAAGGACCCAUGAGGUGGAAUAACAACACUUCUGGUUUUGUCCUAAUGAGGAUGGCCCAGAUUGUGUCUGAGGGGUCUAGGACUGACAAGACAUACAAAGAUAAGGAUGUCAAUGCUGUAGCUAAGGCUCUUAGAGACUACAGUGGGGUUGCUGUUAGUCCAACUCAGGUGUACAAUCAUCUGAGAAAGUGGAAACAAAAGUGGGCUAAGGUAGCCAAGUUGAAGGACCUUAGUGGGGCAACAUUUGAUGAUGAUGUCCAUGCCAUAAUGCUUGAGCAGGACCACUACCUUGGUCAUUGCAAGGACCACCCUAAGGAUGCUGAAUACCUCAACACCCCCAUCAGGUUCUACAAAGAGAUGGAGGCCCUCUUUGGUAGCACUUUGGCAACUGGUAGGUUUGCCUUAGGGUCCAAUGAACCAUUGGGGGUGAACAAUGCAGACAGUGUGGCUGCUAAGCUUGAGGGGCAGGACUUCUCUUGUGGUACUUCUGAGUUUGGGGAGGGCAGCAAGGCCACAGCACCUGUGUUUGGGGAGAGUAGCAAGGACAACAUUGUAGGGGCUAAGAGGAAGAGGGCCAACUUUAGUGAGGAAGAGAUGCUUAUGAUGACCAACAUGACAGAUGCUGUCAACAAUGUUGCCAAUGCUAUGCUGAAAACAGGUGCUGCACAUGUCGAUCCAGACCUCUACCUUGCUGUCAUGGAGAUGGAGAUGUCUGACUUCUCCACUGAGGCCUUGAUUGUUGCCUACACCCAUCUCCUUGAGAACAAAGCUGUUGCAACUGGUUUUGUCAACAUGUCCACCCCCCAUAGGGCCAUAUGGCUGAGGACCUACCUGGCCAAGAACUACUAUUUGUAGUUCUGUCCAUGUUGUGCAGACAGCACUUAGAGGGGGUUGACUGUUGAGAAGUAUAGUUCCUCCACCUCCCUCCCCCACUCUCUUCUCUUUUGGGUUCCAUUUUGGUUAGAAACUGUGCAUGGUAGAUGGCUGACCAGCACCUGUUCUUUUGGGUUUAAUUAGCAGGAGGGUGGCUAACUAAGGAUAGUGUACUUAUAUUUCAACUUGUUGUAUUCAAAUGCAGCCUCUGUUGGCUUGCUGUUGCACUGAUAUGAAGUUGUAUGCUAUUACGAUCCAUUCCUGUUUCAUUACUUCAUAAUAUGUUGCUUUGUAUUUGGCCUAUGAUGCAUUGUACACUAAUCUGAGGUGCAUUUGCUUGUUUUCCAUAUCAAUAAGGUGGCUUUGCUUCUUCUUGUCUCUUGGAAUGAAACUGAGCCUAGUGGUAGCUGUAACCAAGCUGAGUUCAUACUCCUGCCAGGCUUUGUUGCAUUCCAAAAGCAUUUGAUGUCUUGUGACUUUUUUUUCUGAAUCUCAUGCCACCUGAUUAUUUUUUGCACCCAUGAUGAUUUAUAGAUUAUGCCAGCAGCUGAGGCCUUGUUUCUCCCUCUGAUUUGUGUGCUUCUCCUGUUUAAUGCCUAUGAUGAUACCAAUGCCAUGGUGAGGAAAGGUUUACAUUUAUGGUCUUUAACUUGUGAGGUACUGGGCAUAUGAUGAAACUAUUUUUCAUGACUGUCAUCGAACCGUGAAUAACAUCCAUGCCCAAGUAAC